AUGAUAAAAAUCGAAAAUACUGGUUGCAUAUGUAAAUUAAUUCGGAUGAAAGAUUUUGAAGGAACAGCGAAUAUUGCUACAGUUAAGACAGGUACCAACCCGGGUGAAGACCCUAUGGAGUCACCAGUGGGACAUUAUCCCCAUCCAAGUCCCUAUUGGGAAGCCGAAGAAGUCGAUUACACUCAAUGCGACUGCCCACCUCCACCUCCGCAGUUUGGUGUUCCCCCUCCUCCUCCCCCGCCAUCACAACAGCAAUGUCGAGCGGGUGGUACUGGACUUCAAAAUUGUCAUCUGGUGACUGUCGGAACAAUCUAUCGUCAUUCCAGUUUUCCUUACCUUCCAGUUAUAGCCGUUUGCACAUCAGUAGUGAUCGUUGCAUUGGUCGUUGCUUUCUUUCUUCUCUGGAAACAUAAGAAAAAAGUGCAAAAUUUUCUACCUUGUAAAGAAGAACCUCAAGGACGAUGUGAGCUCCCUAACCCAAAUGGGAUAACCUAUGAUGAUGUCAUCAUCAAUCAUCAUCCUACUCGUCUACCCCCAACCACGACAGAUCAACCUGCACAGUCCGUUACUCCGUUUGAGUUGCUGGCUGUCAUGAAAAAUAAUAGCGGUGCCACUCAACUUGUCCCAUUAAAGCAAGAAGACCUGAUGGGUUUAACUACCAGAGAUAGAACGGGAAGUAAAGAAACGUUAGAACCCAUUUACGAAGAAGUUGGAGCCGGGAAUGAAAACAAAUCCAAACGGUCAACUAUAAACGACCUAUCCAACGAUACAGAUUCGGGAAGAGGUACUUACAGAGCCAGAAGAUUGAGCAACAACUCCCAACCAGUUGACGUAACCCCUUCUGCCAAUAUACAAGAAGAUCCCUCACUAGAUCGUAGCAGUAAUGCUUUAAUGGCGUUAUUUUUACGUAGAGAACCCCGAGCUAGAAAGUACAUGGAAGUGUAUCCAAGAGGGCGUUAUUUAGCAAGGGAUUUUCGUCAUCCGGAUUUCAUCUUUCCAGAAGGCUUUCGAACAAUUGAUGGAAGACAGAAUUCGCUUCCGAACGAACGAUCAACCGAAAGACAUAGGUCGAGCAUCACUUCGUUACCAGAUCACUCCUAUUUCCUGGCCCAGUCGUCCCCAUCUACACAAAAUAACAGACUACUUAUGGGAUCCUCUAGAAGAACUCCUCAAGAAGCUAGAGACAAUAUACAUCUCACUAUCCGAAGCCAACAGAGCGAAGAUUCUUCACGGUCGCCUACUUUCAGAAGAGGCUCUUCGACUAUGCCGUCAAAGAAAGAGGAAUCGAAGAGACUACUGAGAACUCCGGAAGAAUCUAGAAUCCAACAACUCUUAUCCGCUUAUCAUCCAUAUCCCGCUAAUGAAGACGACAGACAUUUGUCUACAGAAAAUAUUUAUUACAGCAUAGACGAAGAUUCUGCCGAGAUCCGUCCGGCUUAUGCUACUAUAGCAAGUCGAAAAUACAGUGAUCCCAUAGCUGGACUGACUAGAGGCUCUUCAAUUUUAGGUUCGAGAAUAUUAGAUAGAGCACAAGUUUUGCAAGAUAUAGGAGAGAAACGGUAGCGCUUCUGAACAUCUUUCAUUACCGAUAAUCAGAUUUAACAACUUGAUUCCAAAGUCGAGCUGCAGCUGCAAGAAAUCUGGCCAACUGAUCAACAAAAGACAGAAAUCGUCCGUAUAAAAAAAAUAUUAAACUGUGAUCAUUGUUUGGUUAAGAAGGGCGGUUUCUACGUUUAACCAAUUUUUUUCUUUUUAUUUUCAAUAUCACAUCGCGCUCGAAUUGAUAAAACAAUAAUCCUAUCGCGUAUAUGAAUAUUUCUAGUAAAGACUCGAAAUUAUAGAAAGCUAAAAUUUGUUGAAUGAUUUAUGAUGUUGAAUAGGAGACGAGAAAACGAAGAACUUAUUCGUUAAAGUUCUGACUUUUCCCAUUCUCCAAAAUAUUGUAAAUAUUUAAAAAAAAAACACGGAAUAAUUCCCGAUAGAUAUAGAAUCGAAAAACAUUUUUAAAUCAAUCGCGAAUAUUUCCUUAAUCCCAACUUUAUCCAGUGCUAAAGUGUAGAUAUUGUAUAGACGUAGAGCGAUGGCAAAUUUUAAAUAGCCUUUAACAAAAGACAAAAUAUAUAUAUAUAUAAAUAUAUAUAUAUAUAUGCUCCCUUAAGAAGCGCCUGACAAUCUUUCAAGGCACCCUAAAAAUACAGAAUGAACUGUAAGUAAAUAUAAUAAUAAAAAAAAAAA